AUGGAAUUCGAUCUGAUCGUGCGCAAUGGGGUCAUUGCCAAUGCAUCCGACAUCGUACGCGGCCAGGAUAUCGGGAUCAAAGACGGUGUCAUCACCUGUAUCGGCAAAUCCUUGCCUGUUCAGCCAUCGACCCGGAUCAUAGAUGCCGAGGGCGCCUACGUGACACCCGGCGGUGUCGACUCCCACGUGCAUCUCGACCAGGCCGAGAUCGUGACGGGCGACACGUGGCUGACGGGGACCCGCAGCGCCGUCUGUGGCGGGACGACGACGGUUAUCUGCUUUGCCUCGCAAGCCCGCCACGAGACGCAGGUGCUCCCGGCGGUGGAAGCGUACGCGACGCUCGCGAGGGGCCAGACCUUCUGCGACUACGGGUUCCACCUGGUCCUGACGAACCCAACCAAGAAAGUCCUCGAGGAGGAGCUGCCCGUCUUGGUCCACGAGCACGGCGUCACCAGCGUCAAGCUGUACAUGACCUACAGGCCCAUGAUCCUCCGCGACAGUGAGAUCCUUCAGCUUAUGACGGCCACGCGGCGGCUCGGCAUGACGACCAUGAUCCACGCCGAGAAUCACGAUAUGAUCGAGUUUAUUAUCGAGUCCCUCGAGCAGCAAGGGCUGACGGACCCCUAUUUCCACGCCGUCUCUCGUCCGGCCAUUGCGGAAGGGGAAGCGACGUUCCGUGCCAUUUCGCUGUCCGAAUUGAUGGACACGCCCAUUCUCCUGGUUCAUGUGUCUGCACCGCAAGCCGCGAAGCACAUCCGGGAAGCCCAGACCCGACUGCUCCCCGUGUACGGCGAGACAUGUCCCCAGUAUCUCUGGCUGCUGUCCGAGAAGCUCAAGGGCGAGCAAUUCGAAGGGGCCAAAUAUGUGUGCUCUCCGCCUAUUCGGGACCGGCCCGAGGAGACGGACGCGUUGUGGGAUGGCAUCGCGAACAGCACAUUCACCACCUUCUCCUCGGAUCAUGCCGCCACCAAAUUCCACGUCCACGGAACCGGCAAGCGCCUUGGGCUCAUCGACGGAAAACCGUUGUUCGCGAAGAUCCCAAACGGAAUCCCCGGCGUCGAGACACGACUCCCUUUGUUGUUCAAAGGCGUGACCAGCGGCCGCCUCAGCAUCCACGACUUUGUGCGUGUCUGUUGCACGAACCCCGCGAAGCUGUACGGACUGCCCACCAAGGGCACCAUCGCCGCUGGGUACGACGGCGACCUCUGCAUCUGGUAUCCCGACGGACGGAUGCGGCCGUUCGAGUUGGACAACGCCAUGCUCCACCACGACAUCGACUACACGCCGUACGAAGGUAUGGAGUUUGAGAAUUGGCCGCGGUACACGGUCCUUCGGGGGAAGGUAGUCUGGGACCGCGACAAUGGCGGGCUCACCGGUACCAAAGGAGACGGGGUGUAUUUGAAGCGCGGGAAGAGCGUCUUGCCGGGGCCCAGGGGGAAGUUUGUCAACGAGUGGCGUCCUCCUCAAUAA